AGGGAGACGUCAUUGCGGGGUUGUUUGUGCAGCCUCCGUGGCGGUGACCCGCAGUGAUUCGGCCGCCGCGCCGGGGGGUGGGGGGGCCGCGCGGGACUCUUUUCUUUCAGACGGACCGCGGGGCAGCUGUGGAGCAUGUCGACCCCCGCCCGGAGGAGGCUCAUGCGGGAUUUCAAGCGAUUGCAAGAGGACCCACCUGUGGGUGUCAGUGGCGCACCAUCUGAAAACAACAUCAUGCAGUGGAAUGCAGUUAUAUUUGGACCAGAAGGGACACCCUUUGAAGAUGGUACUUUCAAACUAGUAAUAGAAUUUUCUGAAGAAUAUCCAAAUAAACCACCAACUGUUAGGUUUUUAUCCAAAAUGUUUCAUCCAAAUGUGUAUGCUGAUGGUAGCAUAUGUUUAGAUAUCCUUCAGAAUCGAUGGAGUCCAACAUAUGAUGUGUCUUCUAUUUUAACCUCAAUUCAGUCUCUGCUGGAUGAACCAAAUCCAAACAGUCCAGCUAAUAGCCAGGCAGCACAACUUUAUCAGGAAAACAAACGAGAAUAUGAGAAAAGAGUUUCAGCCAUUGUUGAACAAAGCUGGAAUGAUUCAUAAUAGACAACUGGUCUGUUAAUCUUUUUCAUCAUUGUUGUGUAUAAUUUACCUCUCAGUAGAAAGGCUAACAAAUUUUAAGUGCCACCAGUUUUAAGGAUUCUGCAGAAGAAAAGUCCUUCAGUUUAGAACCUAUAAAAGCUUGUGUAUCUUGAUUAAUGCACUUUUUAUUACAUGGUGUGAACUAAGUUAUUGCUUACAUAGAUUUGUAAUAUAUCCUGUUUGUAUUUUUUUCCAAGUGUAUAAUGUUGGUGUGGAGUUUUCAUGACAGAAUAUACACAUUUUGUAAAUCUGUACUUUUUUCAAAUAUUGAAUGCCUUAUUUUUGAAUUCUUUAGAUUUUUAAAUUGGAGAAAAGCACUUAAAGUUUUUUAUAUAUGAAUAUUACAUGUAAAGCUGUUAAAAUACAUAACUUCAAGAGACUUUGUCACUUAUUUCCUUAUCUAUGUAGGAGGGUUUAAUAAGUCUCUAGCUCUCAAUUGAUAGUUUCAUUUCCAAUUUCAAAAGAACAGAUUUAUAUUUUAUCAAAAAAUUCUUCAAAUUUGAUUCUAAAUACUUAUAAUCUCAAACUUCAUUUUUGAAUGCACCUGUAUUGCUUUCAAUUGAGCAAUUAUAAAUUGGUUUGUUCUGUCCAA